UCUCUUUUCUUGAACUAGCAUUCGAUUCAUCUUCCCUUUUUCCCCCAGUGCGCCGCCCCUUUGUUUCUUUUUCUUCUUGGCCGACCUAACGGUCACUACUACUCUUUUCACUCGGUCGUUGGGAAAGGUUCGUUGCGUACUUACUUUACAUGUACCUACAUAUGGAUUGGAUUCGAAGAGAUAGUCCUGGUUCGCCAUCGCCAUCGCCAUCGCCGCCGUUAUUGUUACCGUUUUCCUUCCCGCUUUGCUCUUGCCCUUGUUUACCGCGAGGAUGACGACGACCACGGUGCGGGGACAGAAUAGGAAGAGUGUCGAUAUGAUCAUGGUAGAUGAUCCUUGGGCAGAGCGCUUGCUUUUCGAUGAUGCCAUUGCUGCUGUGCAAAGCGCCAUUUCGGAAGAACACAGUAAGACGUUGCGACGGCAUGCACGCGCGUCCUGCCUCCUAGACAGCCUGAAAGAGCAUCACAACCAUCAGAAUCAAGGCGGUGAAGAGCUAGACAAAUGCUUGCAUCAGUUGGUGCUUUUUGUGGAGAGAUUCGUGCCUUACCUUGACCUGGUCGAUGCAUGUAUCGAGACCUCGUUGGAUUUGGCUGGUUGGCUGUGGGGAAUCAUCGGGUUGGUUUUCGAGAUUGGGAGAGAGUAUGCUUUCAUUCUGGUCAAAGCCAUGGAUACGUUGGCGGGCAUCAGCACGGUGUUGCCGGACUACCAGCAUCUGCACGACCAACACAAGCACAAGCUGCACAUUAUAAACGACGAGCGAUGGCGAAUCCUGCUGUCGUAUGUGUAUGCAGAUAUGAUGCAGCAUUGCGUAGACUUGUAUCACAUAUUUUGCAGAGCGUCGUCUGGGGUCGCAUUACGCCAUGUUCGCCUCUGCCCGUCGCCUACCAUAUUACUAUGGCGACCGCUCGACUCCAGACUUGCAAGAUUGGAGAUCAGAAUUGCGAACUACAAGAGAUGGAUAGAGGCCGAGUUUGCGUGUCAGCCAGAAGACGAUGCGACGAAGGAGCUACAUCGCCGAAAGUACACUGAGUUUCUGACCCAGCAGGCUGCGACCGAUAACCACAGCAGCACACUUGAAGAUUCGAGAAUGGCGAAGCGAAUGAGAAGGAUCGACAAGAUCAAAGCCUGGCUUUCAAAUGACUGCGCUUACCAAGACGUAUACGAACAUCGGAUGCGACAGCGUCACCCUCAAACGUGCUCGUGGUUUUUAGAAAUGGAAGAAUAUUGCGCCUGGAAGAAUUUCUCAUUUUAUCAAGGGCUGACCAGCAACUUUGAUGAUUUGGAAGAGACCUGGCAUGACCGCGUGCUGUUUGUCCAAGCAAAACCUGGAUUCGGCAAGAGCUUUAUAUCUGGCGCUGUCAUAGACGACCUUGUAGAAGAAGCACAGAAUCUCAACAUCGAUGAUGAGAACGAAACCCCUUCUACGGUUUUCUUCCAUUUCAAUGCUGCUCAUUCGUACUGCAUUCAUCCGAUCGACGCUUUCAGGGCAUUAGCCAAUCAACUUAUCCACAUUCAUCGUCACAGCCGCCUCACACUGGACACAGUAUCACUGCUAAUGCGCAAAACGCCAUCCCAUAUCCGUGCUUCCCCCGAUGAUGUUGUAGGGUUGCUUUCGCUUCUCUUAAGUCAACAUCCCACCUUUCUUGUCAUCGAUGGAGUUGACGAAUGUGUCGAUUUUGAUCACUUCUUAAGAACUUUGGGUGAAAUUUGCAGCAAAACCGACACCAGGGUGAUUCUUUUCAGCAGACUCAGUGUACGACCCGAGCUAGAUCUGGGAAAUUGGGCAAUCGAUCCUUCACGUGUCGUCACGCUAGCGGAAGGGUCGAACCGUCAGGACAUAGGCCGCUUCGUCUCUGAAACACUCAAUCGAAUGGCAGACAAAGGUUUCUUCGGAAUCAGCAUGAAUCGUGACCUGAUACCUCAAGUGGCGGAGCAAUCCAACGGCGUUUUUCUCUGGGCAAGUCUGGUUGUCAAGUAUCUGCAGUCGCCCGACCUCUCCCCUGAUGAGAGAAGAGUGGUGCUUGAACAGAUCCAUCAACUUGAAGGUCUCGAGUCAAUCUACGAACACAUCCUCAAGACCCUUGAUCUACGACCCGAUCAUGAAAAACUCGCCAUAAACAACAUCCUACGCUGGCUCUCCUUGUCCAUCAAUCGCCUGUGCAUGCCCGGCUUCCAAAUAGCCACUGCUGUUGAAUACACCCCAAGCGCGACCGAUCCAAGCGUCUUAUCCACAUUCUACGAUUCAUUACCUCAACUUACAUGCGGCUUAGUCGAAGUCACCGACUGCAGCGCCGUCUUCGCGCACCGUUCCGUCAAAGAGUACCUACAAUCCCCCGCAUCCAGCACAUCCCCCUUCACCCAACACAACACCGCGGAGCCAGAAUCCCACAAACACCUCGCCGCCCGCUGCCUCUCCUUCCUCGCAAACCCAAAGCCCAACCCGCCAUCACCAAACCCUGCAACAAGUCCACCCUCCUUAUCGCCAUCCUCCCACAUUCCACCCAGCAUCUCCAGAUCCACAGACAGCGGCUACAAAUCCAGCACCCCGUCCCUCAUCUUCCCUGUACACCCCCUAUCCUCACCACCUCCAACCACCACCAACUCUCCUCCCCUCCCAUUCCACCCCUUCGACGCAAAUACCCCGUUCCUCCGCUACGCAAGUCUCUGCUGGCCUAUCCACCUCACACGCGCCCUCUCCCAACAACCCCUUCCCUCCUCUUAUUCAUCAUCUACUACACACCCAACAUCCCCCUGGCUAGCCCCGCUCUCCGCCUUCUUGACUUCCCACUCCGCAGUCACCGCGUGGGUCGAAGCCUCGUGGCGCUUCAACCUGCCACCCAACCUAUCUCGCUUGAUCCCGUUGCUGGAAGCGCUCAAGGCGGUUGUGCCGCCAGCUACUGUUGAGGGCAGGGAGCUGAGGUGGGUCGUCAAGGGGAUUAGGGAGCUUUGUGGCGCUUGUAGGGAGUUGAGGGAUGGGUUUGGGACUGCAGUUGGGAAGGAUCCGGGGUUGGUUUGGCGGUGGAGAGGGAGAUUGGGCGGGGUCGCUGGUGGAGUUGCUGUGUGA